GCAGGCGAGCGCGCCUCGGCGGCGGCGGUGUGAGGGCUGCGCGCGAACAUGUAGGCGGGCGACGCGCGUUGCGACACGGUGGUCGAGCUAGGCGAGCACGAUGGCUUCGGUGGCGGCGUGGCUGCCGUUCGCGCGCGCGGCGGCCAUAGGGUGGGUCCCGAUCGCCAACAACCCGUUGCCGGCGCCGCCCAUCCCCAAGGACAAGCGGCGCGCGGACGACGAGAAGCUCGUCAUCAACGUGUCGGGCCGACGGUUCGAGACAUGGCGUAACACGGUGGAGAAGUACCCCGAUACGCUGCUCGGUUCUAACGAGCGCGACUUCUUCUACGACGAGGACACGAAGGAGUACUUCUUCGACCGAGACCCGGACAUCUUCCGGCACAUCCUUAACUAUUACCGGACUGGUAAGCUUCACUACCCGAAGCACGAGUGCUUGACGAGCUACGACGAGGAGCUCUCGUUCUUCGGCAUCAUCCCGGACGUGAUCGGUGACUGUUGCUAUGAGGACUACCGCGACCGCAAGCGCGAGAACGCCGAGCGCCUGCUGGACGACAAGAUGUCCGAGAACGGCGAGGGUAACCUCGUCAAGCUGACCAACCUGCGCGAAAAGAUGUGGCGCGCGUUCGAGAACCCGCACACGUCGACAGCGGCGCUCGUUUUUUAUUACGUCACGGGGUUCUUCAUCGCCGUGUCAGUGCUGGCCAACGUGGUGGAAACGGUCGAGUGCGGGAACCUACCGGGCAAGAAGGAGCCGUUGCCUUGCGGCGAGCGGUACGAGGUGGUGUUCUUCUGCCUGGACACGGCGUGCGUGAUGAUCUUCACCGCCGAGUAUUUGCUGAGGUUGUUCGCUGCGCCCGACCGCUGCAAGUUUGUGCGCAGCGUGAUGAGCAUCAUCGAUGUGGUGGCCAUUCUGCCGUACUACAUCGGCCUGGGCAUCACGGACAACGACGACGUAUCGGGCGCAUUCGUCACGCUGCGGGUGUUCCGCGUCUGUCGGAUCUUCAAGUUCUCGCGACAUUCCCAGGGCCUCCGCAUCCUUGGGUACACCCUCAAAUCCUGCGCCAAAGAGCUCGGGUUCCUCGUUUUCUCACUAGCCAUGGCCAUUAUCAUUUUCGCCACGGUAAUGUUCUAUGCGGAGAAGAAGGUGAAGGGAUCAACGUUCACGUCCAUCCCGGCAUCGUUCUGGUAUACCAUCGUCACAAUGACUACGCUAGGGUAUGGCGACAUGGUGCCCAGCACCGCCAUGGGCAAGCUGGUGGGCGGCGUCUGCUCGCUGAGUGGCGUGCUGGUUAUCGCGCUGCCCGUGCCCGUCAUCGUCAGCAACUUUAGCAGAAUCUACCACCAGAGUCAGCGCACCGACAAGAGGAAGGCGCAGAAGAAAGCACGACUGGCGCGCAUCAAGCUGGCCAAGGCGUCGUCUGGGGCGGCGUUCGCCAGCAAGAAGAAGGCGUCCGAAGCGCGACUAGCCGCGCAGGAGGCGGGCCUCGAGCUCGACGGCCACAAGGAGGACGACAUCUUCGAGAUGCAGCACCAUCACUUGUUACGCUGCCUCGAGAAGACGACGGACCGUAAGUUCGUCACGGACGUGCCGUACAACGGUCAGCCGACCCGACCCCACGGCAGUCCGGACCGGUCCCAGUCGCCAUCCCCCAGCCGCCACCUGCUGCCAUCCUGCUGCGGCCGCCGCCGGAGAAAGGCCAAGAAGGAGACCAAGCAGAACCUCUACCAUAACGUGGAGAACGGCCACGAAGAGGAGCUGCGCGAGAUCCAGAUUGGCGACCUGGAGAAGAGCACGCCCACCGGGCAGCACCGGGUACACCUGAACGCACCGUCGGGCGCCCCUCUGCCGGCUGAGGGACGUCAGAACGCCGGCUCACUGGCCACUAUCUCGCAGCUGGGCGGCGGCGAGCCCAGCCCGCCGGCUGCCGACGACAACAACGUGACCGGUUACAUGCGUAUCUCGACGCUGUAGACCCUGCAGCGGUGCACUGUAGACCCUGCAGCGGCGCGGUGUAGACCCGACAGCGGUGCGCUGUAGACCCGACCGCGGUACGCUGACCAGGUGCCAAGAGGACCGCGCGGCGGCGCGCCCGGCCGCGGGCGGCGACGCGCCGGGCGCCGUGCGGUGGUGACGAACGGCAGCAGUCCGAGCCAGAGGGACAGCGUGCGCGCGCGAGCGAGAGCGAGACGCGGCCGGCGUUUCAGGCCGGCCGGCGGUCGGACAGUGCGCGCGAGGUCCGAGACUGCGCUGCUUCGGAGCCGCGCGAGGUCCGAGACUGCGCUGCCGUUGAGCCGAGCGGCGCCGGCUCCAAGCGCCGCGGAGGGCCACCCCUGCGGCGGCGCUCCUCCGCGGUGAGAGGCUGCGCUCGACACCGCAGAGGGCCCGCGCCGCCGCUCUCGACUUCCAGACCGCGGCAGGACGAGUGUCAGGAGCGUCAGCCGUGCCGAGCCAGUACUCGCCGUCACUGAGAUUAUCGGCUCGACCUGUGAUUCUAGGUUUCUCAAAGGCAUCUCUUAGCAACUGUUUCCAGAAUCUAGCCUAGUGCGUACAUGACAGUGCUGGCCUUCUUUCCCAUUGUUAAUGGUCAGCCCAGCCUGCCGGCGCCACCGCCGCGUGGUAAGCGUUCUCCUCGUGUUGCCCUUGUCUAUACUAGAGGUAAAAUACUCCAGUAUUUCCUCGCGUGCGUGAGGGAGAUGUUAUUUUAUAUGUGUCACGGUGACGGAUAGCAUCUAGUGGUUGUAGGUUGUUGUUAGCUCGACUUUAGCCGACUGGCCGCUCUGGAGACCUGUUUGGCCCGCGUCCGAUCGGCUCCGAGGUGUACAGUCCAGCCGCCCUCCCCCGACGCCGGAUGCCGCCGGCGGUCGGCUCCACGUCAGUUGCAUGACGAUGGCCUGCCCGGGCCCGAGCGCUCCCCGGCCGCUGCACUCUGGCCGUAUCGCCAUCGCUUCGCGGUGACAGUCGGCCGCCCAGCGGGCCGGCCGGCGGGCUUCUUUUGAUAUCAGCCGAAGGAAUACUCUGUGUCUGUGAGGCGGAGUGGAGUCCGGACGCGUCCGCUCUCGUGGGCGCGGAAGCGCGCGGCUCGCGGAGCGUCAGGACCUCAGGCAUUUGUGUUGCACUCGCAGUCGCGUAAGUCAUUCCAUUUCCAGUUGGUGUAGCCCUUCAUUUGCUAGAUGCGCCUGUUUUAUUGUC